AUGGCUUCCUCUCACAAAGCUUUUGUUCUUAUUGCUGUUGUGAUCAUCAUUGCUUUGGUGCCAUCAACAUCUAUGGUGGAGUCUAGGCAACUCUCUAACCCUUCUAACUUGAUGAGCCUUGAAGCAAGAUUGAAGGUGAGUGGUGAGCCUUCUAAUUGUUGGGAGUCACUCUUCAAGCUCCAAGCAUGUAGUGGUGAAAUUGUAACAUUUUUUCUAAAUGGUGAGACUUAUUUAGGCAAUGGUUGUUGUAAAGCAAUUAAGGUGAUUGGACAUGAUUGUUGGCCUAAUGUUGUUGCAUCACUUGGAUUCACCAAUGAAGAGACUUAUACAUUGGAAGGUUAUUGUGAUGAAGCUGAAGAUGCUCAUUCACCUCCUGUCCUACACCACUAG